AUGUCUCAGAAUACAGGCUUGUUCAGCGUGCGCCGCCCGCGCGAAACACUGGGCGCCAUACAGAACUAUUCUUCAAUACCACAACCUGCGUCGGCGAUGAAAGCACCGCACACAGCGCAACAUGCUCGAUCGACGUCCGCGUACAACAGCAUACAGCGACCGCCCCAACCAAAUUUCAAACGUUCUUCAUCUGGAGGAAAUCUUGCUGAGAUGGGUUUAUCAACAGUCAGGCGAUCGACCACCAAUGUGCUGGCCGGAGGUCGCCAGAGCCUGAUGCCAGGACAACUAUUUGGAUCGCAGACGCCCGCCUCGGCCAGUGUUCAGCGACGAAGCAGCAUAUAUUCGCGACCUUCCAACCACGGUCCGGUCGGCCAUCAAUCAUUCUUCAUGCAGUCUGCGCCUCCCGCGACGAACCCUAAAGAUCAGCGACCACUGCGCGAUCCCGCAUACAGGGCGCGCAUAGGCCAGGAACUGAUGGACUACCUCACUCAGAACAACUUUGAGAUGGAGAUGAAGUGCUCGUUACGUCAAGACUCGUUGAAAUCACCCAGUCAGAAGGAGUUCACAAAUAUUUUCCAGUGGUUGUACCGACGUCUCGACCCAGGCUACAGGUUUCAGAAAGGCGUCGACACCGAAGUCCCGCCAAUUCUGAAGCAGCUGAGAUAUCCUUACGCGUGGCAGAUCACCAAAUCCCAACUUGGAGCUGUGGGCAGUCAGACGUCAUGGCCUGUCUUCCUCGGACUACUACAUUGGCUGAUGCAGCUAGCACAGAUGUUGGAGAACUUCACUCGAGGAGCGUACGACGACGCAUGCGCAGAAGCCGGCGUCGACGUUUCAGGCGAUCGAAUCGUGUUCAGGUUUCUCUUUGGCGCGUACGGGGACUGGCUGAGUGUCGGAAAUGAGGAGGAAGAAGAGAGUGCCGAUGCCGCGCUUGUGCCUCACGUGGAAGCCAUGGCAGAGGCUUUCGAGCGCAUCAAUGCAAAGCACGCUGAAGAGCUGAAGAUGUAUGAGGCUGAGAAUCAGUCGCUGAAAGAACAGGUCGAAGAGCUCGAGAAAGCAAUGCCAGAUAUUGCCAAACUCGACAACGUCUUCAAGAUCCUCGAGGACGACACGAAGAAGUUCGAGGACUACAACACCAACGUCAAAGCGAAGAUCGACAAAUACGAGUCGAGAAUGGAGAUUCUGCGAAAGGAGAUCCAGACUACAGCAGCCGAGCUCGCGGCAGCCGAGGACGAGCGGCAUGACCUGCAAGAAAAGGUCGACGAGCAAGGGCUUAGCCUUCAAGACAUCGAUCGGAUGAACAAAGACCGCGAACGUCUCAUUAAGAGUCACGACGACGCAUCUGCAACACUCGACGAAGUUCGAAAGAACGUGCUUGCUAAGGAGAUCGAGACUGCACAGAAGCUCGAGGAUCUCGAAACGGUCAUCAAGAAAUACAACUCUUUGGGCUAUCAGCUCUCACUCAUUCCAUCGAAUGCCGCCAACGCCCGUGGCAAGGAUUACGAGCUUACCCUGAACCUUCCCACGCCGUCCUUCUCAACGUCUCAGGCCAAUCGAACAAGCCGCAAAGGCUCUCCGAUAGAGACAGAUCGACUGUUGUCCAACGCCACAACCGGCUACUCGCCAGCACAUCUCCUCAACCUCGAUCUACGCGGAACAGUGAAAUCAACCUUCGUCGCCCUCCGCAAGGAGAUCAACGAGCGCCGCAAGAACGCCGCGGACGCCGACCUCAACGCCAAAGACGUGCUCGAACGCGUAGUAGAUGCACUCGCGGAGAAGAACUCUGAGAUCGACGACCUCAACCACAAGAUUCGUGAGGUCUCCAACAACUACAACUCUCUCAAGGAGACUGGCAACACAACGCACACGCAGCAGACAUCUGCGAUUGAGCGGCUCGAGGCCGAGCUGGCACGAAAUCGUGAGAAUCUGAGCAAGGGAGCGAUUGAAAUGGAGCAGAAGGAGCUAGAAGCGACGCUGGCGUGGGAGAAGAUGCAGGAUGAGGCUGGCCAGAUCAGAGAGCAGCUGCAUGCUGAUGUGGAGAAGAUGUUGGAGGACGUUAUUGGGUUCAAGGUGCAUGUGCAGAAGGGGCUGGAGGAGUAUGAGCGUGUUGUGGGCGAUGAGGCGGAGAGGGAGUUGAGGGAUGGGCAGGAGGGUUUGGAGGGAGAGGUGUUUGACUGA